UUCCACCAGUUUGACAUUCAGUCUGAUCCCACACGGCUCAGCAUUUAAACCUCAGCAUGGGCACGGCCUUGUCCCUGUCUCCGGGUCCUCGACGGUCAGACUACUACGAUGGCUGGCCCAGCUACCUGAGUGGCUACCCAAACCUGAGCAGCCACUCCCUGAGUGCUCAGAAGGAGCACAACCUCAGAUCACAUGGGCACUCCGUCUUCCUCCCUGUGCUCAUGUGGAAACGCCUGGUGGCGUCCACCAAGAAGAGGAGUUCCUCCGCAAAGAAGGGAUUCCCGAGUGGCCAGGCGUCCGUCGGUGUCGUUGGAGCUUCGGUUCACAACAAUAAUCAUAUUUACACCAAGGACCCCGUGAUACAGCUCAACCGGGAGAACGUCAAAAAGUCCCUCUCCUGCGCCAACCUGUCCAGUUACGAACCUCCGCUAGGUCUGGGCCUGGGCACAGGGCUCAACCUGGGAUACAAACCUCAGCAGCUUUCCUCAGUUCAGAAGGUUCCUCGGGGCGCCUCGACUUCUCCGAAGCGCGUGAUCGUACAGGCGUCGACGAGCGAGCUUCUGAGGUGUCUGGGCGAGUUUCUGUGUGGACGAUGCUACCGACUGAAGCUCCUCUCGCCCUCCGAGCCGGUUCUGUGGCUCCGCGCCGUCGAUCGUUCACUCCUCCUCCAGGGUUGGCAGGACCAAGCCUUUGUGACCCCGGCGAACGUGGUCUUCGUCUACAUGCUCUGCCGAGACGUGGUCAACGGGGAACUGGUGUCGUCGGAGCGCGAACUCCAGGCGGUCCUGCUGACCUGUUUGUACCUCUCCUACUCGUACAUGGGUAAUGAGAUCUCGUACCCUCUCAAGCCCUUCCUGGUGGAGGCAGCUAAGGAGGCGUUUUGGGAUCGGUGCCUGGCCAUCGUCAACGCCACGAGUUCCAAGAUGCUGCGCAUCAACGCCGACCCGCAUUUCUUCACUCAGGUCUUUGCGGAUCUGAAAAGCGAAGGAUUGCAGGACUACGGACGAGUGCUGGAUCGGUGA